ACUAUCACAGUCACUCCCGAUCUGAGCUCGGAAGGGCCAGUAGAAUCGGUCCCGCUCCGAGUCCUGGAGUUUCUGUCGAGAGCUCAGAGUAGCACAGCGUCAGACUCAUCGCGAAAACACCUUUUGGUUGUUUCGGGUUCGUGUAACUAUUCAACCAUGGAUAGUGCUGAGAGAUUGACGACGAAACGUCGAACCACCUUCGAGCGAUCUAUGCUUAUACUCGAAUAUUCAACUUGGCCAACGGGAUGUUGGCCAUUGCCUGCGGAUGCUAGUGCGUCCGACAUUCGGGGUCGCAAUAUCUGGUGGUGGUUUUCAUUGUUUCAUUCAACUAUUUCUACCGGUGGUUGGUUCUGGAAUAUCUAUCUGAACACGAACAACUUUGAUGUUGCAAUGAAAUCUAUUUCGGAACUGUGCCCUCUGACCGCUGUGUUCCUGAAACUGGUCACCCUCAGAUUAGACGCAACCCGAUUGCAGGUUUUGCUGGCCGAAAUGGACCUGUUUCUGAAAAAUGCCACAGCAGAAGAAUGGGAACUGGUGAUGCGAUACUACGACAAAUACUUCGCACCGCAUUUCGUCAUCUUCGUUAUAACGGUUUGCACACCAUUGUGCUACGUAUUCGAACCCGCGGUGAAUUCAAAACAACUAUUUCCAGGAACAGUUGCAUAUCCGUUUUCCGUUGAACCCUUUUGGAUUUGGGCAACUUUAUAUACAUCGCAUAUCGUUCUUUCAGCGCAAAUUGGAAGUAUGUUAUUGAUAGACCUUAUGUAUUCCGUUUUACUCUGGUUUACUGGUGCCAGAUUUGAAUUGUUAGCAAUCGAAUUCUCGAACGCCAACAACGAGAAUGAAUUCAGACGCUGCGUUAAAAAACAUCAAGAUCUGAUGGAGUCCUUCGUGAAAUUGAGGAUCACCACGGGCAGAAUGGCCGUGGUAGUGGUUUCCCUGGCCGUUUUUGCCGUUUCGACCGGAGGCUACAUACUGAUUCGCAAACCACCAGUGUUCGAGUUUGGAAAGUAUGUUUUCUUCGAGUUCCUCGGUUUGAUUCAGGUGUUUCUAUUCGCCUGGCCGUCGGACCAUAUAUUGGAAAUGGGUGAAAGAAUGCGUCAUUCGGUCUACAAUUGCGCGUGGGUAGGCAAACCACCGCGUAUGCUCAAAGACAUGAUUAUCGUUUUGCAACGAGCGAAGAAUCCACCGAUCAUCUUCAUUGAAGGAUUUCUACCCAUCUUGUCUCUUGAGUUCUUCGGAAAUUGCGUAGCGGCCAGCUUUUCAUACAUUGCAACGUUACGAGCCGUUGCUGGAGACUGAGGACUACGUAAUUCUGAUGAUUGCAAAAGAUAUUUCAUGGUGGCGUUCCGCACUCCCAGAUUGAAUAGCAGUUAUAGUGAAAUCACAUCACACUGACAGCAAAUGUAAAGUGUGUAAAACUUGUCAAAUCUUACAAUCCCUACCAUGUAUCUUUCGAUCAAUAAAUAUUAUGAUUAUAC